AUAGAUAGAUAGAUAGAUAGAUAGAUAGAUAGAGCUUGUGUUCUUCUAGUAAUUUCUGAUCAUCAUCAUCUUAGACUAUCUCUCUAGUGGAGAAGAGGUUGAUCGAUCGAUCGAUCGAUCGAUCAGCUGCAUAUAUAUAUAUAUAUAAAGAUAGAUAGGAAUUAGGAAGGAGGAGGAGUGAGUGAAUUAAUUAAUCAGGAAGGAUGCAGAACCUCGGGAACAUCGUGGACUCGAUCAUCGGCGGCGUGAAGGGCACGGUGCCGGUGAAGGGCACGGUGGUGCUGAUGCGCAAGAACGUCCUCGACUUCAACGACUUCGGCGCGUCCGUCAUCGACAACAUCAGCGAGCUCCUCGGCCAGAAGGUCUCCCUCCAGCUCGUCAGCGCCACCGUCGGCGACCCCAAUAACGAGAAUCGGGGAGUGGUGGGGCAGGCGGCGUAUUUGGAGAACUACAUCAACUUGCUGCCGUCGCUGGCGGCAGGGGAGUCGAAGUACAACGUGACGUUCCAGUGGGAUGCGAAGACCGGAAUACCCGGGGCGGUGAUCGUGAAGAACCAUCACACCUCCCAGUUCUACCUCAAGACGCUCACCAUCGAUGAUUUCCCGGGCAAGGGCCGGAUAGUUUUCGUCUGCAACUCCUGGGUCUACCCGGCCGACAAGUACAGCUACGACCGCGUCUUUUUCGCCAAUAACACGUAUUUUCGCGCAAACACGCCGGCACCUCUGCUGCCAUACCGAGACGACGAGCUCUACCACCUUAAGGGAGAUGAUGUAACCGGGCAACUGCAAGAAUGGGACCGUGUUUACAACUACGCCUACUACAAUGAUCUUGGGAAUCCCGACAGGAGUCCGGCGUUAGCUCGCCCGGUUCUUGGUGGUUCCGCAGAGUACCCCUAUCCACGCAGGGGAAAGACUGGCCGCCCGCCCACCAAAACAGAUCCCAACUCAGAGAGCCGACUGCCGUUGUUGAGCUUGGACAUAUAUGUGCCCCGCGACGAGCGGUUUGGGCAUCUCAAAAUGGCCGAUUUCCUCACGUACGCUCUCAAGGCUGUCGCUCAGUCUAUACUUCCGCUAUUGGAGUCCAUCAGCAAUGCUACACCGUUCGAGUUCGACUCGUUCGACGAUGUGCUGAAGCUGUACGAUGGCGGCAUCCCGGUUCCCAAAAUCCCUUUGUUCGACGAGCUCAGGCAGAAGAUCCCCUUCGAGAUGCUCAAGGAGUUGCUCCGCACCGAAGGCAACCAGCAGUUGCUGAAGCUCCCCAAGCCACAAGUCAUUCAAGCUGACGAGUGGGCCUGGCGAACUGACGAAGAAUUCACGCGGGAAAUGCUUGCUGGAGUGAAUCCUCUCAUCAUCAAUCGGCUUGACGUGUUCCCGCCGGUCAGCAAACUCGAUCCCAGCAAAUACGGAAAUCAGAACAGCACCAUAACAGCAGCCCAUAUUCAGAACAACUUGGAUGGAUCGACAAUAGAUCAGGCAUUGAAGGAUAACAGAUUAUUCAUCUUGGAUCACCAUGAUACACUAAUUCCUUAUCUGAAUCGCAUUAAUUCUACGGGAAACAAGAUUUACGCAUCAAGAACGCUCUUGUUUCUAAAAGAGGACUCGACUCUCAAGCCAUUAGCGAUUGAACUCAGCUUGCCCAGCCCCGACGGGGAGCAACACGGUGCCGUCAGCAAUGUGUACACACCAUCAGAAAAUGGCGUCGAAGGAGCCAUUUGGCAGCUCGCUAAAGCCUAUGCCACAGUAAACGACUCCGGCGUCCACCAGCUCAUUAGCCACUGGUUGAACACCCACGCGACGAUGGAACCGUUUGUCAUUGCGACGAACCGGCAACUAAGCGCGCUUCACCCAAUCAACAAGCUCCUAAGCCCGCACUAUCGCGACACGAUGAAUAUCAAUGCCUUGGCCCGCCAGAUACUCAUCAAUGCUGGAGGAAUCCUCGAGCUGACCGUCUUCCCUGCGCGGUACGCCAUGGAGAUGUCUUCUUUUGUCUACAAAAGCUGGAACUUCAUGGAGGAAGCUCUCCCUGCCGAUCUCAUCAAGAGAGGAAUUCUGGUCGGCGACGGCGAGCACCCCGACAAGCAGCAACUACUGAUCAAGGACUAUCCAUAUGCUGUCGACGGACUCGCAAUUUGGCACGCGAUCGAGACUUGGGUGUCCGACUAUUGCUCCAUUUACUACCCGAGCGAUGCGGCGGUCCAAGCGGACGCCGAGCUGCAGGCGUGGUGGAAGGAAGUGCGUGAGGUCGGGCACGGCGACAAGAAGGAUGAGCCUUGGUGGCCCCAGAUGCAGGCGGUCUCAGAACUGACCCAUGCAUGCACGACCGUCAUCUGGGUCGCAUCCGCCCUCCACGCGGCCGUCAACUUUGGGCAGUACCCUUACGCAGGAUACCUGCCCAACCGUCCCACAAUCAGCCGGCGCUUCAUGCCGGAGCCGGGGUCAGCGGAUUACGAGGAGCUGAAGACGAAUCCGGAUAAGGUGUUCCUACGGACCGUCACCAGCGAGCUGCAGACGAUUCUCGGCGUGUCGCGCUGGCCUAAGUACACUUCAUCAGACGAGUGCGUCGACAGAAUUUCGAUCAGCGACACGCCGGAGUGGACCGCCGACCAGAGCGCGCUGCAGGCGUUCGAGCGGUUCAAGGCAAGGCUGGCGCAGAUCGAGGCGGACAUCGUCAAGCGGAACGGCGAUCCGAGCCUCAAGAACCGGAACGGGCCGGUGAAGAUGCCGUACACACUGCUUUACCCGACCAGUACGGCCGGGAUCACGGGGAAGGGAAUUCCGAAUAGUGUAUCGAUUUGAAUUGAACUCCAUGUGUUGUUAUCGGAAAAAACGGUCUGACGACAAGUCCCAUUAUUACUAGGUGGGGCGUGAAAUAAAUGAUAAAAUUAGUAAUAGGUGGGGCGUGAAAUAAGUGAUAAGAUUAGGAUUCGAAUUGGGUACAAUUUCCUGCAUAACAUUUUGUACGCAUCAGAUUGAUCCUACAGUUGUAUUUUAGCAUAUUUAAUUCACGACAUCCAAUAGCAAAAUUUACUCUUUUGCUAAA